CAGAUGCUGAAGUUCCAUGUGGUCUGCGGGGGCCUGAGGUUCCUGUGCGUUCGCCGUGUCUCCACCAUCCCCGCCGCCUCCCCAAAUGUCCGGCGCCUGGAAUACAAGCCCAUCAAGAAGGUCAUGGUGGCCAACCGCGGUGAGAUCGCCAUCCGCGUGUUCCGGGCCUGCACGGAGCUGGGCAUCCGCACCGUGGCCAUCUACUCCGAGCAGGACACGGGCCAGAUGCAUCGGCAGAAGGCGGACGAAGCCUAUCUCAUCGGCCGCGGCCUCGCGCCCGUGCAAGCCUACCUGCACAUCCCCGACAUCAUCAAAGUGGCCAAGGAAAAUGGUGUGGACGCAGUGCACCCUGGCUACGGGUUCCUCUCGGAGCGAGCAGACUUUGCCCAAGCCUGCCAGGACGCCGGGGUCCGGUUCAUUGGGCCGAGCCCCGAGGUGGUCCGCAAGAUGGGAGAUAAGGUGGAGGCCCGGGCCAUUGCCAUUGCCGCUGGUGUCCCCGUGGUCCCCGGCACAGACGCCCCUAUCACCUCCCUACACGAGGCUCAUGAGUUCUCCAGCACCUACGGCUUCCCCAUCAUCUUCAAGGCCGCCUAUGGGGGCGGGGGGCGUGGCAUGAGGGUCGUCCACAGUUACGAGGAAUUGGAGGAGAACUACACCCGCGCCUACUCAGAGGCCCUGGCUGCCUUCGGGAACGGGGCGCUAUUUGUGGAGAAGUUCAUCGAGAAGCCACGCCACAUCGAGGUGCAGAUCCUGGGGGACCAGUACGGGAACAUCCUGCAUCUGUAUGAGCGAGACUGUUCUAUCCAGCGGCGGCACCAGAAGGUGGUGGAGAUCGCACCUGCUGCCCAUCUGGACCCCCAGCUCCGGACCCGCCUCACCAGCGACUCCGUCAAACUUGCUAAGCAGGUGGGCUAUGAGAAUGCGGGCACUGUGGAGUUCCUGGUGGACAAACACGGCAGGCACUACUUCAUCGAGGUCAACUCCCGGCUGCAGGUGGAGCACACGGUCACCGAGGAGAUCACAGAUGUGGACCUGGUCCAUGCCCAGAUCCACGUGGCAGAGGGCAGGAGCCUGCCGGACCUGGGCCUGCGGCAGGAGAACAUCCGCAUCAAUGGCUGUGCCAUCCAGUGCCGGGUCACCACGGAGGACCCCACACGCGGCUUCCAGCCCGACACCGGCCGCAUCGAGGUGUUCCGGAGCGGAGAGGGCAUGGGCAUCCGCCUGGACAAUGCCUCCGCCUUCCAAGGUGCCGUCAUCUCUCCCCACUACGACUCCCUGUUGGUCAAGGUCAUCGCCCAUGGCAAAGACCACCCCACAGCCGCCACCAAGAUGAGCAGAGCCCUGGCCGAGUUCCGCGUCCGUGGCGUGAAGACCAACAUCCCCUUCCUCCAGAAUGUGCUCAACAACCAGCAGUUCCUGGCCGGCACCGUGGACACCCAGUUCAUCGACGAGAACCCGGAGCUGUUCCAGCUGCGGCCCGUGCAGAACCGGGCCCAGAAGCUGCUGCACUACCUGGGACACGUCAUGGUGAACGGCCCCACCACCCCGAUCCCUGUCAAGGCCAGCCCCAGCCCCGUCGACCCUGUGGUGCCCAUGGUGCCCAUAGGCCCGCCCCCGGCCGGCUUCCGAGACAUCCUGCUGCGCGAGGGGCCCGAGGGCUUUGCCCGAGCCGUGCGGAGGCACCAGGGGCUGCUGCUCAUGGACACGACCUUCAGGGACGCCCACCAGUCGUUGCUGGCCACGCGCGUGCGCACCCAUGACCUCAAGAAGAUCGCCCCCUACGCCGCCCACAACUUCAGCAGCCUCUUCAGCGUGGAGAACUGGGGAGGAGCCACGUUCGACGUCGCCAUGCGCUUCCUGUACGAGUGCCCCUGGCGGCGGCUGCAGGAACUGCGGGAGCUCAUCCCCAACAUCCCAUUCCAGAUGCUGCUGCGUGGGGCCAACGCCGUGGGCUACACCAACUACCCCGACAACGUGGUCUUCAAGUUUUGCGAGGUGGCCAAGGAGAACGGCAUGGAUGUCUUCCGGGUCUUUGAUUCCCUCAACUACUUGCCCAACCUGCUGCUGGGCAUGGAGGCGGCGGGCAGCGCCGGGGGCGUGGUGGAGGCCGCCAUCUCGUACACAGGGGACGUGGCCGACCCCAGCCGCACCAAGUACUCGCUGCAGUACUACAUGGGCCUGGCAGAGGAGCUGGUGCGCGCUGGCACCCACAUCUUGUGCAUCAAGGACAUGGCGGGGCUGCUGAAGCCCGCGGCCUGCACCCUGCUGGUCAGCUCCCUCCGGGACCGCUUCCCCGACCUCCCGCUGCACAUCCACACACACGACACGUCGGGGGCAGGCGUGGCGGCCAUGCUGGCCUGCGCUGAGGCGGGGGCUGACGUCGUGGACGUGGCCGCCGACUCCAUGUCCGGGAUGACCUCACAGCCAAGCAUGGGGGCCCUGGUGGCCUGCACCCGAGGCACCCCCCUGGACACAGGGGUCCCCCUGGAGCGAGUGUUUGAUUAUAGCGAGUACUGGGAGGGGGCCCGGGGACUAUACUCAGCCUUCGACUGCACGGCUACCAUGAAGUCUGGCAACUCGGACGUGUACGAGAACGAGAUCCCAGGGGGCCAGUACACCAACCUGCACUUCCAGGCCCACAGCAUGGGACUCGGAGCCAAGUUCAAAGAGGUCAAGAAGGCCUACGUGGAGGCCAACCAGAUGCUGGGCGACCUCAUCAAGGUGACGCCCUCCUCCAAGAUCGUGGGCGAUCUGGCCCAGUUCAUGGUGCAGAACGGGCUGAGCCGGGCGGAGGCCGAGGCCCAGGCGGAGGAGCUGUCCUUCCCCCGCUCCGUGGUGGAGUUCCUGCAGGGCUACAUCGGGGUCCCCCACGGCGGCUUCCCCGAGCCGCUGCGCUCUAAGGUGCUGAAGGACCUGCCGAGGGUGGAGGGGCGGCCCGGCGCCUCCCUGCCACCCCUGGACCUGCAGGCGCUAGAGAAGGAGCUGAUUGAGCGGCACGGGGAGGAGGUGACCCCAGAGGACGUGCUGUCCGCAGCCAUGUACCCGGACGUCUUUGCCCAGUUCAAGGACUUCACUGCCACCUUCGGCCCCGUGGACAGCCUCAACACCCGCCUCUUCCUGCAGGGACCCAAGAUCGCAGAGGAGUUUGAGGUGGAGCUCGAGCGGGGCAAGACGCUGCACAUCAAGGCCCUGGCCAUGAGCGACCUGAACCGUGCCGGGCAGCGGCAGGUCUUCUUCGAGCUCAACGGGCAGCUCCGCUCCAUCCUGGUCAAGGACACACAGGCCAUGAAGGAGAUGCACUUCCACCCCAAGGCCCUGAAGGACGUGAAGGGCCAGGUCGGGGCGCCCAUGCCAGGGAAGGUGAUCGACAUCAAGGUGGCAGCAGGAGCCAAGGUGGCCAAGGGCCAGCCCCUGUGUGUGCUCAGUGCCAUGAAGAUGGAGACGGUGGUGACCGCGCCCGUGGAGGGCACUGUGCGCAAGGUGCACGUGGCCAAGGACAUGACGCUGGAGGGCGACGACCUCAUCCUGGAGAUGGAGUGACCUUGCCUUCCCCGGCCCGGCCCU